AUGAACAAACCUCUCAUGCGAAUUCCCUACACAGGGCCCCUUCCACCCCCAUCUAUCAUCCCACGGAACGCAAAUACCCUCCCAGGCGCCAUCGCCGCACUCUCGCGGUUCCUCACAGCCCCGCCAUCCCCCUCCCUCCAAAACUCACCUAAUUCAAAGAACUAUGACCCCGAGUCAACAGUCGUUUUGUCAGGCGCAGGAAUCUCCGUCGCCUCAGGACUAGCAGACUAUCGCGGCACAAAAGGAACUUACAUAGUAAACAAAACCUACCGACCAAUCUACUACCACGAAUUCCUCGCCUCGCAUGCAGCGCGGCAACGAUAUUGGGCGCGCAGUUUCCUGGGAUGGACGAAUCUACAUCGCGCCUCACCGAAUGUGACGCAUUACGCGAUUAAGACUUUGGGGGGUAUGGGGAUUGUGCGGAGUGUGGUGACGCAGAAUGUGGAUUCCUUCCAUGGGAUUGCGCAUCCUGAGAUUUCUACGCUGGAGCUGCAUGGCUAUCUGAGGGCCGUGAGAUGUGUUUCUUGUCAGAGUGAUUUGGAUAGGGAGGAGUUUCAGGAGAAGUUGGGACGGCUGAAUCCUGCGUGGGCGGCUUUCCUGGUGGAAGCUAUAAAAUCAGGUGCGUUGGAGACUGAAACCCCGGACAAGCGACGCGCGAGGGGCAUGAAGACCAAUCCAGAUGGAGAUGUGGAUUUGCCUGGUGCCCCCUAUUCGACGUUUCGGUAUCCGGCUUGUCCUCGAUGUUUGGCCAAGCCACCGGUUGCUGGGGAUGGGACGAGGACGGUGGUGGAUAUUGAUGGGGAUGGAGGGUUGAAAGAAGGGAGUACGGCGGGGAUAUUGAAACCUGCUGUUGUUAUGUUUGGGGAGAGCAUAGAUAGUAGAGUUAAAGAGGCAGCCGAACAGGCCAUAGAUGGGUCUGGGAGACUCCUCGUUAUGGGGACUUCUUUGGCGACUUAUUCUGCGUUUCGACUUGCGAGGAGAGCGAAGGAAAGAGGAAUGCCGAUUGGGAUAUUGAAUAUUGGGGGAGUGAGGGGAGAAGAAACUUUCUUCCAGGAAUUACCUAUAGGUCAACAAGGAGAAGCGGGUAUACGAGUAGAAAUUGGGACUGAUAAACUCCUACCGGGGUUGAUUGAACAGUUAAAGCGUACUGGAUUUACGCAUACACAUGCGGAUGACAACGCAGGUCCAACAGAGGAUCUCCGAACGAAUAGUAGAGUAUUCAAAGAUAUGCUAUCAUAG